AAUCUCAUCUUCGGAAUAAACUUAACCGAACACAUUUAGUGCAUUUUGUGGAUGUUUAGAGAAGGGCUGGGUGGAUUUGCUGCAGAAUAACGUGGAUGUUGUUCUAACUUAAUAUUCAGUGAUUUGCAAGAGUUUAUAUGCAUCUUACAGAUACUAGUAGUGAAGAUGGCCAUUCCAGUCUAUGCAGGUGCGAACCAGUGCUUUAAGCAGCUUAAUGAGAAACCAAGGGAAGCAACCUCGGGCACCGAACGUCAGAAAAUAAUAAUGUUACAAAGUACAGAGGAAAAUGUGUACAAGAGUGACAUUCCUUACAAUACUAUUAGCAAUAGUAAUGCUAUGAAAUACAGAACGAAGUUCACGGGAGAAAACUGUUUUAAAUGUGGAAUAUGUAGCUAUAUCAGUAAUUUUAGAUCUAAUAUGGAUAGACACAUGAAGUUACAUUCUGGAGAGAAACGCUUGAAGUGUGACGCUUGUAAUUAUACGUGUAAUUAUAGCAGUUAUAUGAAGGCACAUAUGAAAAUACACACAGAAGAGAAGCGCUUUGAAUGUGAUGUUUGUGGUUAUUCUUGCAACCACAAUAGCACACUUCAGACACAUAUGAGAAUUCACACUAAGCCUUUUCGGUGUGAGUUAUGUGAUUAUGCAUGCGGACGAAAAGAAUCCCUAAAGGUGCAUGAGCAGACACAUACUGGUGAAAAGUCCUUUCAUUGUGGUGUUUGCGGUUUUUCAUGUAGUCAAAGCUGUAAUCUGAAGAAACAUAUGGUAAUACAUACUGGAGAGAAACAUUUUAAAUGUGAGGUUUGUGAUUAUGCAUGUAACUCGAGGAGUUAUCUGAAAAUGCAUAUGAGAAAACAUACUGGAGAAAAACUCUUCAAAUGCGAAGUUUGUGAUUAUGCAUGUAACUCAAGGUGUUAUCUGAAGAUACAUAUGAGAAUACAUACUGGAGAGAAACGCUUUAGAUGUGAAGUUUGUGAUUAUGCGUGUAAUGACAGCGGUAGUCUGAAAAAACAUAUGAAGAAACAUACAGGAGAGGAAGACUUAUGCCUACCUCGCUCCGGUUUAUCGAUAAAAUUAUCUCCCUUUUUAACACCUUUCAUACCGUGAUAGAUACAAUGUAAGUGGACUUGCUUGCAAAACAAGCAACAAUUCUUUCAUUUCAUGUAAAAACUAUGAAAAUAUUUAAAGAGGAAAAUGCUUUCUUUUAACUUUCAAUUUCCUCACUACCGCUCAUAUAGAAUGUUUUAAUGUUAGAUAUAUUUAUGUUUGCUUGUGAGAAUUGCAGCUGCUUUCUAUGUUGAUCUAUUUGUGCAUAAUAUAAUUUUUUAACAGUUAGUUGAU